CCUCUUGCACUCACAAGUCCCCCUUGUCCUUGGGAGUCUGAUUUCUGCUUAGAGCCGCCCCCUGCCUUCAGCGUCGUAAUGUGAUCUCUUUCCUUCUGGAUUGGCCAGGGGGUGCCUCUUCCCUGGGAGCUGCUUUCAGGCACUGCUCCCAAGCCUGGUUUAGCCCAGCCCCGACUAUCCCCACCACCACUGCUAUUGCUGCCGCAGCUGCUGCUGUCCAGCCGCGGAUGGAGCAAUGGAGCCCAGACUCCUCUGCUGGACCACUUGCUUCCUCCUGGCCAGCUGGUGUCUGCCGGUGCUGCCCUGCCCCAGCCGGUGCCUUUGCUUUAAGAGCACCAUCCGCUGCAUGCACUUGAUGCUGGAUCACAUUCCUCAGGUACCACAGCAGACCACGGUCCUAGACUUGAGGUUUAACAGAAUAAGAGAAAUUCCAGGGAGUGCCUUCAAGAAACUCAAGAAUCUGAACACUCUUCUUCUGAACAACAAUCAAAUCAGAAAGAUUUCCAGAACUGCUUUUGAAGGACUUGAAAAUUUGCUGCAUCUGUACCUGUACAAGAAUGAAAUUAAUGAACUAGAUAAGCAAACGUUUAAAGGACUCGUAUCCUUGGAACAGCUGUAUAUCCAUUUCAACCAAUUAGAAACACUACAUCCAGAGACCUUUGAAGACCUUCUGAAAUUAGAGCGACUAUUUUUGCAUAACAACAAAUUAUCUACAAUCCCAGCUGGGAGCUUUUCUCAUCUGGAUUCAUUAAAAAGACUGCGUCUGGAUUCCAAUGCUCUGGUUUGUGACUGUGAUUUAAAGUGGCUGGGGGAACUUUUACAAGGCUAUAUCCAGAAUGGCCAAACUCAGGCCGCUGCUACAUGUGACCACCCCCAAGGACUUCAUGGGCGCCCGGUUGCGUCAGUAACAGUGGAGGAAUUUAAUUGCGAAAGUCCCCGAAUUACUUUUGAGCCCCAAGAUGUGGAGGUAACCUCAGGAAAUACUGUCUACUUCACCUGCCGAGCUGAAGGAAACCCCAAGCCUAAGAUUACAUGGAUACAUAACAACAAUUCACUGGAUCUUGAGGAUGACACCCGUCUUAACAUGUUUGAUGAUGGGACACUCAUGAUCCGGAACACCAGAGAGUCAGACCAAGGCAUCUAUCAGUGUAUGGCCAGGAACUCUGCUGGGGAAGCCAAGACACAGAAUGCCAUGCUCAGAUACCACAGUCUUCCGGCCAAGCCUAGCUUUGUAAUCCAGCCCCAGGACACGGAGGUUUUAAUUGGCACCAGCACAACUUUGGAAUGCAUGGCCACAGGCCACCCACACCCCCAUAUAACUUGGACCAGGGACAAUGGAGAGGCACUGGAUGGAUCCAGGCACAUAGAAACCUCCAGUGGACUCCACUUGCAGAGCAUCACCCUGAGGGAUCAUGGCGGAUUCACCUGUCACGCCAACAAUAGUCAAGGCUCUGUUCACGCCACAGCCAACAUCAUUGUACAAGCUCCACCACAAUUUAUAAGAAGCCCCAUGGACCAGGUGGUGUUGGAGGAGCAUGCUGUAGAACUUCUUUGUGAAGCUGAAGGCCGCCCACCACCAGUUAUCCUCUGGACCAAAGCAGGAAGACGGCUCCCUGUGGAAGGCCGACAUACAGUUCUUUCCUCUGGCACUCUGAGAAUUGACCGUGUAGCACAACACGAUGAAGGUCAAUAUGAAUGCCAAGCAGUCAGUCCACUGGGGGUGAGAAAGGUGUCUGUCCACCUGACCGUAAAGCCCAAAGCUCUCCCAGUGUUUACUCGACUUCCUCAGGAUGCAAAGGUAGAUGUUGGGAAGAAUAUAAACAUUUCAUGUCAUGCUCAAGGAGAACCACAGCCUAUAAUUACUUGGAAUAAGGCAGGUAUACAGAUUACUGAGAGUGGUAAAUUCCAUAUUGACAGUGGAGGCACACUGACCAUCUACGACGCAGGCCAGGCUGACCAAGGAAGAUACGAAUGUCUGGCUCGGAAUUCAUUUGGCCUUGUUGUGGCAAACAUGUUUCUUACAGUCACUGCAAUACAGGUUAAACAAGCUGGCGAUGACUUUGUUGAAUCAUCUAUUCUUGACGCUGUACAGAGGGUUGACAGUGCAAUUAACUCCACACGAAGACAUUUGUUUUCACAAAAACCUCACACUCCCAGUGAUCUGCUGGCUCAAUUUCGUUACCCAAGUGACCCAUUUACUGUGGAGACAGCAAGAGCAGGGGAAAUUUUUGAGCACACACUGCAGCUGAUCCGGGACCGUGUGAAGCAGGGGCUGACUGUUGAUCUGGAAGGCAGAGAAUUCCGCUACAAUGAUUUGGUUUCCCCGCGCUACCUUGGCCUCAUCGCCAAUCUGUCCGGUUGCACAGCCCACAGACGUCUGCCUAACUGCUCUGACCUGUGCUUUCAUCAGAAGUACCGGACCCACGACGGAACGUGCAACAACCUGCAGCACCCGACGUGGGGCGCGUCCCUGACAGCCUUGGUGCGCGUCCUGCAGCCUGCCUAUGAGAAUGGCUUCAAUUCGCCCCGUGGGGCUGGCCGCCACAAUGGGGACGGCCGCUCUCCGCUCCCGCUGCCGAGGCUGGUUUCCACCGUGUUGGCUGGCACAGCGGCGGUCACUCCAGACCACAGGUACACACACAUGCUUAUGCAGUGGGGACAGUUUUUGGACCACGACUUGGAUCAUACAGUGCCUGCACUGAGCACCGCCCGCUUUUCGGAUGGGCAGCCUUGCAGCUCCGCCUGCACGAAUGACCCUCCUUGCUUCCCUAUUGCCAUUCCGCCAGAGGAUCCCAGGGGAGCCCAAGCACCCUGCAUGUUCUUUACACGCUCCAGCCCCGUGUGUGGCAGCGGCACAACCUCUUUGAUGAUGAAUUCAGUCUAUGCACGAGAGCAGAUCAACCAGCUCACAGCCUACAUUGAUGCUUCCAAUGUUUACGGGAGCUCAGAGCAGGAAUCCCAGGUUCUCAGAGCCCUUUCUGCACCCAAGGGACUGCUGAGGACGGGCUUACCUUGGUCCUCUUCUGGCAAGCACUUACUGCCCUUUUCUUCAGGCCCACCCACCGAAUGCACUAGAGGUGAACGAGACAGCCACAGUAGCCCCUGUUUCCUGGCGGGGGACCACAGGGCUAAUGAGCAGCUGGCUCUGACGGCUAUGCACACCUUGUGGUUCCGGGAACACAACAGGGUGGCCACAGAACUAUCAGCCCUAAACCCCCACUGGGAUGGAGACACCCUUUAUCAGGAAGCCAGGAAGAUUGUGGGUGCGGAACUGCAGCACAUCACCUACAGCCACUGGCUGCCCAAGAUUCUUGGGGACCCUGGCAUGAAGAUGCUGAGGGAGUACCAGGGGUAUGAUCCCAACGUGAAUGCUGGGAUCAUUAACUCUUUUGCCACUGCAGCCUUUAGAUUUGGCCACACAUUAAUCAAUCCUAUUCUUUACCGAUUGAAUGAUACCUUCGGUGAAAUUCCCGAAGGCCACCUUCCACUCCACAAAGCUUUCUUUUCCCCAUCCAGAAUACUCGAGGAAGGUGGGAUAGAUCCACUCCUUCGGGGGCUAUUUGGAGUAGCCACUAAAUUGCGGGUGCCCUCGCAACUUCUCAACCUUGAAUUGACAGAGAAGUUGUUCUCCACCGCCCAUUCUGUGGCCCUGGAUUUGGCUGCCACCAACAUUCAAAGGGGCCGGGAUCAUGGUAUCCCUCCAUAUGUUGACUACAGAGUUUUCUGUAAUUUGACUUCUGUUGAAAACUUUGAGGAUCUUCAGAAUGAAAUUAAAGAUUUGGAGAUAAUACAAAAAUUGAAAAAGUUGUACAGCACCCCAGGUGACAUUGAUUUAUGGCCCGCCCUGAUGGUUGAAGACCUGAUUCCUGGUACGAGAGUGGGACCGACACUUAUGUGCCUCUUUGUUACCCAGUUUCAGCGGCUAAGAGAUGGAGAUAGGUUCUGGUAUGAAAACCCUGGAGUUUUUACCCCUGCACAACUCACUCAGCUGAAACAGGUGUCACUGGGCCGUGUGCUUUGCGACAAUGGUGACAACAUUCAGCAGGUUCAGCCGGAUGUCUUUGUGAAGGCGGAAUACCCACAGGGCUACCUGAGUUGUGGUGAGAUCCCAAAGAUGGAUUUGCGAAUGUGGCAAGACUGCUGGGAAGACUGCAGGAGUAGAGGGCAACCUAGAGCAUUUGCACCAGAAUCUCGAAAGAAACACUCUGCUCAACGCAGCUACUCUGGCAAGAAAAAGGUGGACCUAAGUGAUCCGCUUAAUAGGCAACAAGACAGCUUGAACUCGGAUGACGAUGCUACAAUUGUGUUGCUUCUGGCCAAAACAAAGUUUUUCCAGGAUUUCAGCAAUUUUGCAGCAGAAAUUCAGAAAACCAUUACAACUCUCAAAGAGCAGAUAAACAAGCUGGAGGCACGCCUAAAGCAGGGGGGAUGCAGGGAUGAUAAAGGGACUCACAGGAGAGACCGGGAGCACUGGAUGAAAGAAGACUGCAUUAACUGUACCUGUGAGAGUGGCCAAGUCACAUGCAUGGUGAAGAAUUGUCCCUUGGCUCCAUGUCUCAGUCCUGAAUUGAUGAAAGGAAGCUGUUGUCCAGUGUGCAGAGACCAAAGAAUGCCAGCCGAUGCCUCCAAGAAACACUAGCCAAUAUCUGCUCUUGAACCCUGAACAGAGAAUUUCUCAGGGAGAGACACUUAGGAGUUCAACUUUUAACCUGGAGUCACAUCCUUGAUACGGAAACCACUGAUUUAAGAACAAGCUAGUUCAUUUAAACCUUAAACAAAUUGAACAUCUUUUAUCUUUUCAUUUUCUAAUGAGCUUUGGAAUAAUGCAAACCUAAAAAGGGUAUAAAGGGCAUAGGAAUGAUUUCAUCUUAAGGAAAUUUUCUGAUUGUAAGCCAUAGGUUUUUAAAUAUAAGGUAGAAAAUAAAAGAAUAUCCUGUAAUAAUUUUUUAAAAAAUAUGAGUACUCUGGAAAGUACCCAUCAAAAUUCAGAGAUUUCAUCAUCUGAAGGAAUUUUGGGAGAAUGAGUUUUGCAUGUGGAGAAAAGAACUAUGAAAAAUCUGUGACAAUGUUGUGAUGCUCUUCUCCCCACCCAACUCUUUUCUUAGAUCUACAUCCUUGGCAGUUGGCAGAUUUUGCUGGGGAGGUGCUUGUCUUAACUUUCAUUAGUUUCUAACUUCUGAGACAUUAGGGAAAAGUCAGUGAAAGAAUAUCAUUAUUUUAGGGAGCUUGUCAGUUUUGCAUGUGGCUGGAAAAUGCAAACUCUAUGCGAGAGUGACUUCAAAGCAAAAUUUCUCAGUAUCUGCCUUUCUCUUACUUGUCAUUAUUACAAGUCAUGAGGUGUCAACAUUGAAAUAUAGCCAAGACUGAAAUUCAGGCGCAAUAUGAAUUUACUAUCAGAAAAAUUGAAAAGUGUUCUUGACUUUUACAAAAGGUGUUCCUAUGGAAUUCUCCUGAUUUUGGUGCUAUUACAGCAUUUCAUACAAAACCCCAUGAUAUUCAGUAAAUUAUGUGAUUUUCAUUUACUAUUAGAAUUGAAAAUAUGACAUAAAAUGUGAUGUGCACCCAUAUGUGGGGGUCGGAUGCAGUUGUGGGUAGACAGCUUUAAAUGAAACUUUGUGCCAAAACUUCACAUAGUGUCCUGCCAAGACAGGAUCUCAGGGAGAUAGCUUUACUGAUUUCCAAUCACAAAAGAAACUUUUAAAAACAGACAUAAUUUCCCCAAAUUUAGAGUUAUUAUGCAACCUUCUUCUUGUGGUUUUAGUAUCAUGAGUGUAGGAAGAUGUUUUGGAGUUUGAUAAAAUGAGUAUUAUAACUUAAACACAUGCACUAUCUUUUGCUUUCACAUAUAUAUUUGUAUGUAUAUGUAUUGGUGCUCGGGAUUAAAUCCAGGGCUUCACACAUGCUAAGCACAUGUUUUACCACUGAACUACACCCACAGCUUUAUAUUUAAUGUGUCAUUUUUAAAAGUCAUAUUGCACAUGAUAAAAUUUUCAAAUGUUUCCCAAGUUUAUAUCUAUCUCUGCCCUCCAUUUCUACAGUUCAAAUAUGAUUACUCUUUUCAGUUUCAGGGUAUGUGUAUCUGUCUGUGUUGUGCAUGUGCAUGUUUCCAUGUAUAUAUUCUAUGAAAUACAAGCAUUGACAGUGUUUCUUCCUUAGUAAUUUCGUUUGUUAUAAGUAAAUUUAAAACAUUGGAAAGCCAAGUGAAUUUGUUAACAUUUUAAUAUAUGACAUUAUGCUACAACAUCUACUUGAGAUAACAUUUAUUGUUUCUUAUGUGUGAUGACACUCUUCUGAUCUGGGACAAAAGAAUUUAGUAGAUUUGACAUCCUCUACUUUCACAGGAAGGUGUAUAUAAAGAAUGAAAAACAUUCCUGGGUUCACUCUUUUUCAGAUUUCUUCUAAUUUAGAAAAACAAAAGUUUUAAGCCAGGCUGUGUGAUUGCAUGAGAGGGUUCAAAACUGUCUCCUCUUCAGGAGGACUUUAAUUACUUUCCUAGGCCCCCUGCACAUAAAUGACCAUACUGCACAUAGAACAGCAGGACAUGAAGUUGAAGGGGUACACACUACUUUUAUUUGGGAUUGGCAGUUGAAAAUAGGGCACUUAUCUCACAAAUAAUCUUUAACACUCAGGACAAAUAACAGUUUACAAGAAAAAUGAGUGUUUCUAUUGAUUUAUUUGUUUUCUAGAACUGCGUUUAUGGGUGAGGGCAAAGGUAGGGAAAAUGGGUUUUCUGGUAAAGACUUUUAAACCAUUUUUAAAAGUUAGGUUUAACUGUGAAGUUAAUGUCUAUUCACUGAACUGUACUUACUACAACUAUCCCAGGACCAAUGCCAUGUGUAUACAUUCUAAGCUUCUGUUUCAAAUAAAAUAUAGUUCAUUAGUAGGUCAAAUCAAGUUCAAGGACAGCUCAUAUAGAAAUCCUUUCUACCAUGUUCAGAGAAAUAUGCAAUAUUAAAAGCCACAUUUAGUUGAAUGUCCUCAAAAGUUAUUGGCAUGGUAGUUUAUGAAAAAUUACAUAAGAUCUGUUUUAUGAAUAUACAAAGUGAGAGAUGAUAUAGAGACAAAUGAUUCUAAAAGCCCAUCUUAAAUGUAACGUUGUAACUCUACUUUUAGUCCUUGUGUGAGAUAAUUCGAUGACUUUUGAUAUAAGCACCAGAAAUGAGUCAAUAUUUAAAUCUUCAUUUCAAGUAUAAAAUAGGAAAAAAGGGUAUGUAAUGUUUCUCAACAUUAUGAGGGCACAUAUCCUUUUCUAUUAAUAAACUUUGUAAAAGAAUGAGACAGGGUUUCGCUAAGUUGCCCAGGUUGGCUUUGAACUUGUGAUAUUCCUGCCUCAGUCUCCCAAGUUACUGAGAUUACAGGUGUACACCUCCAUGCCCAGCUAACUUAAAAAAAAUUAAUUACACUUUUAUUCGUGAGUGGGAAAUGUACUAUAAACUACUCAUUCAUUUUUUUUUACCUGGCUACGCAUCAGUCAUAUUUUGGUUAAAGGAGUCUUGAAAAAGCUUAAUUCUACGUGCGUGAAUAUAUCUGAUAUGUUGAGAAUAAAUGAAGUUUUCUCAAGGAAGAAUCUACCAGGAUCUUUGUCUACCAAGAAUGCAUUUAGUGACCUCCGGAGGAGGGGGCAUGUGGUGUAGUGCAGAGCCCAGACCUGAGUCUCGAGAUCUUAGGAUGUUGUUUCUAGAACUAAGAGGAGCUAGAAUGAAAAUAUUUUUCUUAUUGAGAAUUACUAGUGAAUUUUUAAUUUGUAGAAAUUCUAGUUGUGUUCCGAUUUUAGAUAAAUAACAUCAGGAUCAACAAUUCAAGUCAAGGCCACAUAAGCUGAGACAGUUUACUGGAAUGAAGCAGUUAACACCAUUUAGGGGGAAAAGAGACUAAAUUGAAUUAGAAGAAAACUUGGGUUUUUAGAGACUUAGAAUCUUCCAAAAGUUAAAAGAAUCAGGUGUCCCUUUUAAAUGAAAGCAUAUAUAAGAGAAAUAGCAUGAUUUUCUGUCAGAGCAGAGGAAUACAUGAUCGACUUGGGAAUCUCAGACUUGAGCAAGUGAGUAGGUUUCAGUUUGCUCACAAAAUAAAGAAAAACAGUUUAUAAAGAGAAAGCAUCCACGCUGGAUGAACAGGUAUCUAUGAGGAGAAGAUUUUAGAGUCAGAAUUGACAAGACAGGCCUGGGACCCACACAGCUAUAGAAUGAUGAACCUGGAGAUCCCAGGAAUGAACCCAGCAAGAGGAAGAAGACAGGGACCCCACUGGCUCUUGUUAAAACAAAGCCCAGACUGUGGAAGUGCCAGGAACCUUCAGGAGAUGUUCCAUGUCCUAACUGCCUCAAAUUGCUAACAACAUGGAGAACUGACGGAACCACAAUUCUGCUCUUCAUAUUUCUAGAAAUGCUCAAUAAGGAUGACAAAAGCAUGCAAUGUGUAGUUGAACACAAGAGGAAUGUGUGCCAAUAGAAUAAAAGAUGAGCCAGGGACAAAAUUAUGUCAGAUGCAGGGUUUAGCAGGUAGGGGAUAGUGAAUUUAUAAAGGGUCAUUAAACAAACAAAAAAACCCAUAAACUAAGUCACUUCCAUAGGAUGUCCUUCCCCAUGAAUGAGGCCUGGAAACUGUGAUCUGAGCCCAGAGAUGCUGUAAGAAAGUUCUUUAUUUAGAACUAUUCAUGGGAGCGAAUCUCUCAUAACAUGAGGAGGUGUGUAGUCCAAACUGAUA